AUGCUCGUUACUUGGAAUGUAUUGUUUUGGAUUCACCAUCUUAAUGAAACUGAAGGUGCAGGGAAAACUCAUUCAGGUGCUCUCCUCACCUCUCCUUUCAAUGUGGAUGACUUGAAGGAUCAACUGGACAAUAUUGAGAGCAACACUAACACAUUCACUACUAUUUCAAUUUUGGAAGCUAGGUUGAAAAUGGUGGAGGAUGUUGAGAAGAAUAGGGUUGAUUCCUUGGAUAAGACCAAGUGGGAGCAAGAUCUGAAGAAGUUUAAGGGUGAUGAGUAG